AUCAAGCCCGAAACAGAACCAUCAAUCACGCCUGUCUGUCUUUUCCUCGCGCCGACAACCAUUUCAUACGUCUUCCUACUCGGGGUCCCGCAAUUGCAACCAAAUCAUUCGAGCCUCCGUAACUCGACACCACCCUUGACCUCCCCGCAAACGCCGGGGCCAAUGCCAAUCACAUCAGCCUCGACCUCCAAUCGAGACGAUCAUUUCCUCACCACUGAUCCCAUUCGAGGGCUCUCCGACACUUGAAAUAGGAAACCCCCCCCCCAAAGGAGGAACUCUCACAUGAUCCACCGCGUCCCGCACCGCAGCCGACCAACGACAAAAUGGACAGCAAAUUCCCGUUCGACGCGCCGCCGCCGGCCUACACCGCGACCGCCGACGCCGCCGUCGCCCCGCCGAUCCCCGCCGAGGGGUCGCAGCUCGACCCGCUGACGUCGCACCUGCACGAGUACGUGGCGGCGCUGCCGGGGCGCAUGCGCAUGACGCAGGAGGCGUGGCGCGCGGCGCAGCGGUUCGGCGACGCCGCGGUGCUGGAGGGCGCGGUGCCGGCGGUCGCGGGGUUCCUGGCGGACGUGGGGGCGCAGCCGGGGCGCGCGCCGCCGCGCGCCACGCUGACCCUGGUGCCCGACGGCGCGGUGCCGCGCGCCGCCGUGCUCAGCAGCGCCGAGGACAUGCGGCGGCGGGGCGAGCUGUGCCGGGUCGCGCGCGUCGCGGGGCCCGCGCGCGGGGGCGCCGGCGCGGCCACCAAGGAGAAGGCCGGCCGCGCGCGCGACCCCGACGGCGAGGACCCGAGCUGGGCGCCGGGCCGCGAGUUCAGCGACUGGGGGCGGUUCGGCGACGAGGACGGCAGCGCGGCCGGCGGCUCCGCCGACCCGGACGCCCUGCUCUGGUGGCGCGACGAGGACAUGGCGCGCCGCCUCGCCGGCUACCUCCAGCCGCCGGCGGACCCAGACGACGACGACGACGACGACGCCGCCGCCGCGCCGGCCGUCGAGCUUAGCACCCCCGUCCGCGCCGCCGUCGAGGCCAGGAUCCCCGCCAAGAAGGACAAGAAGAAGGCCUGGGGCUGGGGCCGCAGCCGCGGCAGCCAGACGCAGACGGAGGCACCGCUACCCGCUGCGACGCCAGCUGCCCCUCCAGCAGCGGGUAGCGAGAAGCGGCGGCGGCGCGGCACCGUGGUCACGGCGACCGCCGAGGAGGUUUCGUUUCGCCACGAAAACGCGUUCGGGCUGCUGGAGAGCUUGAGCGGGUGGGGGGUGGUCGUGACGGUGGAGGUCAAGAUCUGAGGCCGUCGCUGAUAGUUACGCGUAUAUCCCGCCCUAGGUAGCGUAGGUAGGAGAGGACUGGGUAGAGAGUGGCUUAUGAUACCCCUCAGGCACGGAAAGUAUAUCCCGGACGGAAAAGACAAAUCCCAUCUGCCAAGCGUUCGGGACCAAUGGCAAGGAAUAGCCCAGGGAUGGUCGCAAAGGGGGGGAGGGGGGUUGUUCUCAUGUACACCCUUUCGGUGAUCCGUCUAGCCGAUAAUAUCCGCCCACGAGUCCACCGCGUAGGGUCACUAAUUGCUUAUUUUAAUCCAGCC